AUGGUCAAUGAACGCUUUAUUUGGUGGGCUGAGAACAAUAAAGUUUUGAAUAAAGAUCAGUUUCGUUUCAGAAGAGCUGCUUACGAUAAUGUUAGAUAUAGUGUUAUGAUAAAUAAACUGAUUACAUUGAAUUGCCCAUCUAAUAUACUCAGAUUUGUUGAGAGAUGGUUAUGUAGUAGAGAUACAGAAUUUAUAACUAAUGAUGUCGAUAGAAAUAGGAACCGUGAUAUUCUGGAGGGAGCGGUUAAUGUUAUAGCAAAUAAUUUGGAACGAUUGGGUCUAGAACUUCAACCUUCUAAAACAGAACUGAUUGAAUUUUCAAAACAUGGAGUGAUAGACAUGGAUAUGGUAAUAGAUGUUAAAAAUGUUAGAAUUAGUUGUUCAAGGAAUACAAAAUUUCUUGGUGUCUGGUUUGAUAACAACUUAAAGUUCCAUAAACAGAUUAAUGAAGUUAGAGGUAAAGUAUUUCUGGCCAAUUCAAUGUUACAAUAUAUGAACGGAGUUUCUAGAGGAAUUGAAGUUAAUACAGCGUUAAUGCUGUAUAAGAGCCUAGUAAGAUCGGUUGCAGAAUACGGUAUUAUGAUAUUUUAUCCUCGUGAAAAACGUUUUAGACUCAGUCUAGAAAGAGCUCAAUUUAGAGGAAUUAGAACGGCAUUAGGAUACAGAAAUUCUGCACCAAAUAACGUUUUGAUUGCUGAAGCAAAAGUUAUGUUACUAAGAGACAGAGCAGGUUUUUUGGCUCGUAAUCAAGUUAGCAAAAUUGCCAUUUAUGGACAAGACUAUAUGAGUAAUAGGCUGGAUUCUUUAACGGAUUUAGAAAAUUUUCAUGUUUUCCGAUAUCCAUUGGCUAAGAAGAGUGUUAUUGUGGAAGCAUGGGAAAAUAUAAGAGUUAUCGAAAAGUUUGGUUUGUCUAUGGAACCUACGAUCUUUUACACGGAUGGCUCGAAAUCUGAUGACUCAAUUGCAACCAGUGCCGGUGUUGUGCUGGAGGGUAGUACUACUGCAUAUAGUAUUAGUUUGCCAAGAGAAUGCUUUUCAUUUACAGCAGAGGCUUUUGCCAUUAAAGCAGUGUUAGAUAUUAUUUAUAAUGAAUUUGUUUCUGUUAAAAAAGAUGUUAUUAUUUUCUCUGAUUGUCAAGCUGUCAUUAAGGCAAUUAACAAUAAUGAGAUUAAUGUAUAUAAGAAUAUGUAUAUAGUAGAAAGUAGGAAAAGGUUGUUUGAAAUAAAUAAUAAAAUGGAUAAAAAUAUAAUAAUUGUUUGGACACCGGCGCAUAUAGGAGUAGUUGGUAAUGAGGUAGCUGAUAGAAUGGCUAAAGAGGGAUCUAAGGAGGAGAUAUUGCAGGGAGAUAUUGUGGUUCCUCUUUUAGAUGUUAGAAGUUUAUUUAGACAGAAUAUGUGGAAUAAUACGCAAUCCACUAUAGUUCAAAAUUCUAGAGCUGUUGGUACUUCUUAUUUUAAGAAUUUUUACAACCCUGCUAUGAAUAAACCUUGGUUUGCGGAGUUUGAUGAGGAAAGAGCUUUUGUGACUUUCGUAAACAGGCUUAGAUCGAAUCAUUAUAAUCUUAAUGAGUCGUUAGCUAGAAAAGGUUAUGUUGACAGUGCUAGAUGUGAUUGUGGUUAUGAGAUUGAGGAUGUGGAUCAUGUUAUAUGGAGAUGUAGUAAAUAUGACGAAACCAGAAUUCGACUAGAUUUGGAAUUUAGAAGUAGAGGCAUUUUUGAUGAGAAUAGUAUUUUCACUUGGAUUAAGAGAGGUAGAUGGACAGCUGUGAGAAUAGUCUAUAACUUUUUUAGGAGUAUAAAUAGGGUCAUCUAG